AUGCUUAGAUUCACCGCAUUCGCUACAGCUGCCCUUGCAGCUUCGGCAGCAAGUGCUGCGUCUUUCAAUGCCUCAUGCUCUGCUGGAUACAUCAACUACACUACCAUUACAGGUUACUUCCUUCAGGACGAACCCACCACGAACGCCUCGACAUUUGACUAUACGACCACCAGCUUCGGCCUGAUCAAUCGCACAUAUCCGGCAACAGAAGGCCUCAAUACCAACCUCACGCAAUGGCAGAGCUUCGAGAAACAGGUGGAAUCUCUCAAUGCGGAUGCACCACUCAACACGGUCUACAAGGUGAUGUUCAUGGGUAGACAUGGGCAGGGAUACCACAACGCCGCAGAGACGUACUAUGGAACGCCUGGCUGGAAUUGCUAUUGGGCUCAGUUGAGGGGCAACGGCACUUCCACAUGGGAGGAUGCGAAGCUCACCUCGGAUGGUGUAUUGCAAGCACAGAUUGCUCACGAUGUUUGGAAGAAAGAGCUGGAAGUUCAGAGGAUUCCUUAUCCUCAAUCGUACUAUACUUCGCCUCUGGCUCGUUGUCUGGCCACUGCAAACAUCACUUUCGCUGGAUUGGACCUGCCCGUGUACUAUCCAUUCGUUCCCACAGUCAAAGAGCUACUGCGGGAAAGUAUUUCGAUCCACACUUGCGAUCAUCGCGGCAACAGAUCUGCCAUUGAAAGUCAAUACCCAAGCUACGUGAUCGAGGAUGGCUUCAACGAGUAUGAUGAACUUUGGAACGGAGUCACGGCCGAGUCAGAAAGUGCCCAUGAGAAGAGGAUGCUGAGAUUUCUUGACGACAUCUUCGCCAAGGACGACCACACCUGGAUAUCUCUCACCUCACACAGUGGCACGAUACGCACGAUCCUCGAUGUUGUUGGUCAUCAACCCUUCAGCUUGACUACAGGAGCUGUCAUACCGGUACUCGUCAAAGCAGACUUCAUACCAGCCUCCGAAACUCCAACGACCUCUGUUGGAUCUUUCACCACAAGCACAUGGUGUCAUAACGCGCCUCCAGUCACGAGCAUGAAGGGCGUUGACCAAGGCUGUGUAUGCCAACCCACCACCACAGCUCUGCCGAGUCUCGACACCCAAGCGCCUUUUGUUCCGGGCCAGACUGCGCCUAUCAAUGAGUACACGACAAGUACGACGAUUUCUAGUUCGGCUGCAUCUUCUACCACCAUGGAGACCCCGACUGCCUCUGGAUAUUAA